GAGGGAGAAGGGAAAAAGAGAUCGUUUAUAAGAGUGGAAGAAAGAGAAAUAAAGGGAACAUCGACGAGUGGAAAAAAGAAGGGACAUAUGGCAUAGUGGCCAGUGUGUGGUAAGACCAGUUAUAUUUUUAUUAUUAACUGGUAUAUUUCGCGAAGGCUGUAGGACGAGUGUGUGUUAAAUGUCGAAGAGGAAACGAGAAGAAACGCGAGAAAAUGUCGGAUAAAAGUGAAACUCGGUGAUCCAAGCUGUAGAAAUAGCAGAGCGCGAACGGAAGGGAAAUUUAGUGGAGAUUGUGGUGUAUUCACGUUUGCCUAUUGAAAGGUCACGAUCAUCAGCAACCACUGCGUCAGUGGAUGAUUAAUUGAAAGUGGGAAACCUUCGCGAGAAGCUUGGUCGUAUACAGGUUGACACGUACGAGGGAAGAAGAAGAACACGUACGACAAGAGAUAACCUGAAGAUUUCGCACGUACUACAAUCACUUGACAGAAGAUCUACGAAUGGAGCACGGGUGCGUCUGAGAUGAAAUUUUGCGCACGAAUGGAGUACCGUUGUUAUUGUUGUGCAUAUUGAUUUUCAACGCGCGAUUCGUAUUCCCGACAUUUAUUUUCCAUUGCAAAAAGUGUGAUUUUUGUUAAUUUUUUUUUUUUUAUUAUUUGCGACUAUGACGAAUGCUGUUUGUAUCUAUUAAAAUAUGAGUAGUACGGUGACGACUAUAUCUUUCGACGAUAUGCCAUCUACAGCUGUCAAUGAAAUUUCUAAUUCCAAAGCAGCUCCAAUAUUCUUGCAAACACGAGCAGCUCAAGGUAUUGCUGGUGCAUUUGUUUGGGUUGCACUGUUUUUAACAUGUCAACAGAUUUACCAACACUUAAGGUGGUACACUAAUCCAGCGGAACAAAGAUGGAUAGUGAGAAUUCUCUUCAUAGUUCCAAUAUAUGCAACGUACUCUUGGGUGUCCCUACUAUUUUUUAACAGCGAAAGUUAUUAUGUUUACUUUUUUACUGUGCGAGAUUGUUAUGAAGCAUUUGUUAUAUAUAACUUUUUGUCUCUAUGCUACGAGUACCUGGGUGGUGAAGGAAAUAUUAUGUCUGAAAUACGUGGCAAACCUAUUCGUUCUAAUUGUUUAUAUGGGACAUGCUGUUUGGUUGGGAAAACAUAUACAAUCGGUUUUCUUAGAUUUUGCAAACAAGCCACUUUGCAAUUUUGCUUGGUGAAACCACUGAUGGCAUUUGUCAUUAUAUUCCUUCAAGCCUUUGGUCAUUAUAGAGACGGAGAUUGGUCUCCGGACGGAGGUUAUAUUUAUAUAACUAUAAUUUAUAACAUCAGCGUAUCUCUUGCACUUUAUGGACUUUUUCUCUUCUAUUUCGCUACAAGAGACCUGCUGACACCAUUUGAACCUGUCUUGAAGUUUUGUACUGUUAAAAGUGUUAUUUUUCUUUCAUUUUGGCAAGGAGUGUUAUUGGCUAUUCUUGAGAAAGCAAAUGUAAUUUCUCCUAUAAGUUUAGAUCAGACAACUAGUGCAGGCACAGUUUCUGCUGGUUAUCAGAAUUUUUUGAUUUGCAUCGAAAUGUUAUUUGCUGCUAUAGCUUUACGUUAUGCAUUUCCUUACCAAGUGUAUUCAGCUGGUUGUGUAACAGAUUCAAGAGGAAGAAGUGUAACAAUGCAAAGUAUUAGUAGCAGUUUAAAGACGUUAAUACCAACUUGCCGUAUGAAAAACUAUGAGAAUGCGAGGCGUCGUUUUUUAAUUUCAAGAAAUUGGACAUGAGGCAUUCAUACAUUUUUUAAAAGAGUUGGAAAGAUUUCUUAAUACUGUAGUUUAUUAAAGUUAAUAUUACAAAUUUAUUUGAUACUUUAAGUUUGAAUUAAGUUCGAGGGUGGGCAUAGUGUUCUCUGCUCAAAUUAUGAUUUAAGGUUUAUAUUAAAACCAACCAACACACGCUCACACAUAUACAUAUAUACAUACGCGCCCACACACACACACACACACCACAGCGAGAAAAGAAAGAGCAUAUGAUUUAUUAACUUUGCAAUUUAUAAAAUCUACUGUACAAUAGAAACUAAGCACUUAACACAAGAGCACUUAGAGUACAGUGUAAUUUCAUAAAAAAGUUUUGCUUUCUAAUAAAUGCAAAAGACAAAUAAUAAUUGAUUACUAUUUUAUGGCAGUAUUGUAAUUAUGUAUUUCAUAGAUAGGCUAACGAUUAUUAUUAAAAUACAUGGUAUUUUUUUUGUAAUGCUUUUAUAUUCCAAAAGAUGGCAUGGUUUAUAUUUAAUUUAGCAUGCUAAUAUAGCUGUGUUAUUUUCAUAUAUUUUUUUCUUACAUAUAUAUGUAUGUUUGGUAACAUCAAAUUCAAACAACAAAUUUAAAUUUUUAUUGUUAUAACAUGCAUGAAUUAUUUAAUGAACAUAUAUGUAUAGUGAGAUUGAUCAAAUAAAGAAAAGUGCUGUAAAUUAUGCUAUGCGUAAAAACAUUUCAUCAAAUCACGUGUACAGCUGUACAUAGCCUGUACAAUCGAUAUAGCCAAUAAUGCUUUGAAUAAAAGAGAAAAAAAAAAAUAUCGGCAUGAUUUCUCGCUGUUCACUGGCUGAUCGAUAUAUUCAUUAAUAAUGGAUUUAUCAGCGAUAAUACGUGAUGUAAUGUAACAAUCAGGAGCUCCUAAAGGACAACGUGGUAUGCGGAUAUCCAGCUUCGAUCCAGAUGAUCCACAGAAUAUGCCAAUACCGCCGCCACAAAGACGGCACACUUCUCAUCAACGUGUUGCUACAAUCUCUCAAAAUUAUAAUGAGAAGACCAUGCUGUUGAGCAGUGAUGAUGAGUUCCAAUAAAUGUAAACGAAAGAUUGUAUACAAAAGAAGCAAAGAAAGAAAGAGACAAAGAAAAACAUUAAUGUUGGACUUCCGUGAAUCUAAUUUCAAGAAAACGCUAUGUAUACCGUUAAUUGAUUAUACGUCAUUUUAGGUAGGAACUUAACUCGCUCACAGAACAAACAACAAAUUAACAAAUUUGCUGAUGCAGAACUGCAUCGUAAUAUAAUAGUUCCAUGUUACAUUCAUGUUAAUACAUGUAUUAUGUUACAUCAUGUAAACAUAUAGCAUAGAAGAUAUUUAUUUUAAUAUGCUGAACAUGUUUAAAACAGUGUUACCUAUAGAGGUGGCUCUAUUAUAAUAACAUAAUUAUCUUCAUUUUGAAACACAACUUACGUUUUUCAAAGAAAGGCAUUGUACAGUACUUAAUAUUCAAAUACUCACAAAUAUGUUACUAUAUUAUUUACUCUGUAGUUAAACGAUAUUUUUACACUUUGAACAAACACUAUGUAUAUGUUUAUACAUCAGUAUUUCUAAUUCAUAUAAGAUUAACGUAAUUUUGCCAGGGAAAAUACUUAUUUUAUAAAGCACACUAAGAAAAAUACUUCUAAUUACUGCACGCAUUCGGGAUAUUUAUAUAUAUAAACUGAGCCACAAAAAUCUUUGCGUCCUAGAUUAAAAAAUUAAUGAGUGUAUAUAUCGUUAAAAAUAGAAUGUAUUUAAUAAUUUAAGAAUUAAAGAAUUUUCCUUCGAUGUAUUUUGUUUUAUUUGCACAGAAUUAUUUGUUAAUUAUAGUUAAUAUUUUACUGACUUUAUAUGUAUAAAUAUUUCAUAUAUUUAAUAUCUCUGAUAUCGUAUUUUCUUGUGUGUUUAAAAAAAUGAGAACAAAUAUUAAUUGAAAUCGUAAC